UAUUAGGAACUGCCCGGGACACGUUUCCCGUGUGCCUCCCUUGUUUAGCGCUGCAGUAUUCUCUCCCGGGUUAAAGGUCCCUAUUGCUUGGGCUUUCCCUGCCUGUUUCCGUGAUCGCUUAUUGACUCUUCCUGUCUAUAUUCCAGGCCAUGGAAGCAAUCCUUCAAAAUUGUUGUUUUUGAUAUCAAUAGACUACGGAUUGAGAACUGGUGAAAGAGUUAACAAGGGGCUGGAACUGGAUCUGUUGCCAAAUCUGGUUGAGGCUUGUUGGCCGGUUAAUGCAUAGAGUAAAGAAGGUCAAACUUGAAGACGAAACUGAAGGUAGUUGGAAAAGUUAUACAGCUGUCAGGAUGACUGCCGUGGAUGAGCUCUCAGACAGCACAGAGGUGGUGGAGAUGGAGGACGUCCCCUCCCAGUUCUUUGUGGAGAAGCACUCUUGGGACGGCUUGCGUGACAUCAUCCACAGCAGCCGCAAGUACUCCGGAAUGAUUGUCAACAAGGCGCCUCACGACUUCCAGUUUGUGCAGAAACAGGAUGAGUCCGGACCCCACUCCCACCGACUCUACUACCUCGGAAUGCCCUAUGGGAGCAGGGAAAACUCACUACUUUACUCUGAAAUUCCCAAGAAGGUUCGGAAAGAAGCCCUCCUGGUGCUAUCCUGGAAACAGAUGCUGGAUCACUUUCAGGCCACGCCCCACCAUGGCGUGUACUCCAGGGAGGAGGAGCUCCUGAGGGAGAGGAAGAGGCUGGGCGUGUUCGGGAUCACGUCCUACGACUACCACGCCCGCAGUGGCCUCUUCCUGUUCCAGGCCAGCAACAGCCUCUUCUGCUGCCGCGACGGGGGCCACAACGGCUUCAUAACCUCCCCGAUGAAGCCGGUGGAGAUUAAGACGCAGUGCUCAGGGACGCGCAUGGACCCCAAGAUCUGCCCCGGCGACGCCAGCUUCAUCGCCUUCAUCAACAACAACGACCUCUGGGUGGCCAGCAUCGAGUCGGGCGAGGAGCGGAGGCUGACUUUCUGCCACAAAGGGUUAAAUAACGUAAAAGAAGACCCUAAGUCUGCAGGUGUGGCCACGUUUGUCAUCCAGGAGGAGUUUGAUCGGUUCACAGGGUACUGGUGGUCCCCUGCUGCACCUGAAGACUCGGACGGAGGGAAGACUCUGCAGUUGCUGUAUGAGGAGGUGGAUGAGUCGGAGGUGGAGAUCAUUCACGUUCCAUCUCCGGCCUUGGAGGAGCGGAAGGCGGAUGCCUACAGAUACCCGCGGACAGGCAGUAAAAACCCCCAAAUCACCCUCAAACUAUCAGAGAUCAAGACCGACCACCUCGGCAGGAUUGUGAGCACACAAGACAAGGAGCUGGUCCUGCCCUUCACCACGCUGUUCCCGGGGGUCGAGUACAUCGCUCGCGCUGGCUGGACCCGGGACGGAAAAUUUGCCUGGGCUGUGCUGCUGGACCGGACUCAGCAGAGGUUGCAGCUGGUCCUGCUGCCCCCCGCCCUGUUCAUCCCCGUCUGCGAAGAGCAGGCCCAGCGGCAGGAGAGCGUGGAGGCCGUGCCCGAAAACGUCCACCCCUACGUCAUCUACGAGGAAGUUACUGACAUCUGGAUUAAUGUUCACGACAUCUUCUACCCGUUCAUCCAAACGAACGACGAUGAGAUCACCUUCCUCUGGGUGAACGAGUCGAAAACCGGCUUCUGCCACCUGUACAAAAUCACGUCGCUGUUACAACCAGGCUGUUACCAGUGGUCCCGGGACUACAGCUAUGCUGACGGGGAUUUCAAAUGCCAGAUUAAAGAGGAGGUGACCUUAACCAGCGGGGAAUGGGAGGUGCUGGCUCGGCACGGGUCCAAGAUCUGGGUGAACGAGGCCACGAAGCUGGUGUACUUCCAGGGCACGAGGGACACCCCCCUGGAGCACCAUCUGUACGUGGUGAGCUACGACUCGCCGGGAGACAUCGUCAGGCUGACCAAGCCCGGCUUCUCCCACAGCUGCUCCAUAAGCCAGAAUUUUGACAUGUUCGUCAGCCACUACAGCAACGUGAGCACCCCGCCCUGUGUUCACGUCUACAAGCUGCAGGGUCCGGAGAGCGACCCGCUGCAUAAGGAGCCAGAGUUCUGGGCUAGCAUGAUGGAGGCUACGGGCUGCCCCUCGGAUUACAUCCCACCGGAGAUAUUCGAUUUCCCCGGAAGGUCUGGCUUUCAGCUCUACGGAAUGGUGUACAAGCCACACAACUUGAUACCUGGCCGGAAGCAUCCCACAAUCCUCUUUGUGUACGGAGGGCCUCAGGUCCAGUUAGUGAAUAACUCCUUUAAAGGGGUGAAGUACCUGCGGCUGAACACCCUCGCGUCUUUGGGCUACGCUGUAGUGGUCAUCGACGGGAGGGGAUCGUGUCAGAGGGGCCUGAAGUUCGAAGGCGCCCUGAAAAACAAGAUGGGCCAGGUGGAGAUCGAGGACCAGGUCGAAGGCCUGCAGUACGUGGCCGACAAGUACAACUUUGUGGACCUGAGUCGAGUGGCCAUCCACGGGUGGUCCUACGGGGGCUUCCUGUCCCUCAUGGGGCUCAUUCACAGGCCCAACGUCUUCAAGGUUGCCAUCGCGGGCGCCCCGGUGACCGUGUGGAUGGCGUACGACACGGGCUACACCGAGCGCUACAUGGACGUGCCGGAGAACAACCAGCAGGGCUACGAGGCCGGCUCGGUGGCGCUGCACGUGGACAAGCUGCCCAACGAGCCCAACCGUUUACUCAUUUUACAUGGAUUUCUUGAUGAGAAUGUGCACUUUUUCCACACCAAUUUCCUGGUGUCACAGCUAAUCCGUGCUGGGAAGCCAUAUCAGCUGCAGAUUUACCCCAACGAGCGACACAGCAUCCGCUGCCCGGAGUCCGGCGAGCACUAUGAGAUCAUGCUGCUGCACUUUCUCCAGCAAUACCUCUGAUCUGGGCCCUCCAAACCAGGGCAGCGUCUCCAUCUCUCACCUCCAUCCUCAUCCCGCCUCCUCCCGCCGACGGGACGCCUCCACGCCCUGCUCUCUCACCCCCCGCGUCUCGCCCCUGCCCUCUCCCCCUGUCCCCUGUCCCCCCCGGUCCUCUCCCCCCUGUCCUCUCCCCCUGCCCCGCCCCAGUCCUCUCCCCCUGCUUGCUCUCUCUACGGAUGGGGAGUUUGAGUCUGCUGAGUGGCACUGAGCCCCGCAUCACAAACUGGAGCCCGCUGACCUUUCACCUUUCACAGGGGAACGGAGAGGAAAGGACACCAACACAAAAGUUAUGAAUGGAAACAGUAACUUACUAGUAACUUAUAAUUUUAUUUUAUUAUGGUCGACGUGCCACUUCCUGCUUCCCGUUUCUUUUCUGGAGCCCAGAUAAGUUUGCCAAAUGAUUUUUUUUUUUUUUUUUUUGGUGUCCAGUCAGUGGCUUAAGAUGACACGUAACAGAACACAAGGUAUCCUUAUAUGCACACGUGCACCGAACACACAUCGCACACACACACACACACGCACACGCAAACAUUUUACUCUCGUUCAUGUCUUUAUAUGGAUUUCAAAAGUCUACCCUUUUAUUUGGUUUUUAUUUCAAGCCCUGCAGUUCUACAUCAAAGAUAAAAUGGUUUCGUUCUGUGAGUCUAAAACCUU